AGCCCCGACACCUAACAACCUUCCUGGACUUCGCCACUACCUCGCCACUGGACUUGUUUUGAUAAGCAGCCCUUCAAGACCGCGCCGCGACGCGCCCUCACAGACGAGUUCGACCUUUGCCCCCGCGCCGCCUCCAUGACGGCCUUGGCCACUGGUUCACAGCCUGCACCUGGCCUUCAGGUGACUGCACCAGACGACGAUAUGGAGAUCACGUCCGAGAUUCAAUACGGCGACGACGAUAUCGACAUUGACCUGGAUCUUGGUGGCGAGUACACGCACCAUCACGACGACGACCAGAUGCUCGAAGACGCAAUGUCUGAUCAGGGCCACGCUCAGCACCAAUCGACGUAUCCAGACAAUGACGAUAACAUGUUCGACGAUGAGCUAGACGACAACGAGGGGAUGAUGCAGGACAACCAAGACCACAUUAGCAUUCCAGAUGAGCAUCUCACUGAUGUCAGCGAGUUAGGCCAUGAAGAGGCCACUCAGACCAACGUGCCCAAUGUCGCUAUGGACCCGGACGACGACCUCGAACUGGACUUCGACUUCGAGGACGAGGUUUCCAAGGAGGCCGGCACUGUGGACCAAGCCCUUUUGACAACCCAGGCCCAAUAUGAACAAACCGUCGAUGCUAUAGCCCCAACGACAGCGGAACAAGCUGUACAAGAAGGUGUUGUCGCUCAGUCGGUACCAGCUACUCUUUCGCCAACUGAGCCCAGCAAUGUGCACCCCGUAUCCCCCCUUCCCGCAGUCGAAGGAUCAGCCGAUAAUCUUGAGACUACUUCCCCAAAUUUCGUUACGGCCGAUGCUACGCAGAACGAGGAACAUGCGCAGUACUUGAGCCCUCCCGGCUCGCUAGGUGAGGAACGUAACGACGAAAAUGAAGUGCCGACCCAUGAUCAUUCUGGCUCUCCCUAUGCAGCUCAUGAUGAUAUUCAAGAAUUCGCACAUUCACAUUCUCAGCGCGACGACUUCUACCAGACUCAUCCUGGUCCUCUCCACCCUGUCAUCGUGAUCUAUGCAGACAACGAGCCAAUGUCACUAUUCCAUCCCCGCGUGGAGGAUGAGUCUCAAACCUACUUCCUCGAAGAUGAGUCGAUUGCGCACGAGACUAUCUAUGAGCUCUUGCAAGCUUGCAGAACCGUCCUUGGUGAUACGAUCAGCGACGAAGACGAGUUGGAAAUGGACAUAGCUAAGCUUGGCUUAUGCAUUCGUGAAGACUGUGUUUUUGCGUCCAAAGUGAAGUUUUCGCAGAUCCUUUAUACAUAUCUUUCGCUCGAACAACACGACGGCGUGCAUGACCCCGAUCCCCUUUACAUGACCCUGACUCUGAAGACGAGAUUCUCCACUCGUUUGGCCCAGCUAAGCUCGGCUGCUUCCCAAGGACAAGGUAUAUCGCAGCUAACAUUCCUCGGACAUCUCGAUGAAGAGAACUCAGAGUAUCCGCUAUACGAAGAUGCCGAACACGAGCACUCGGAACAUGAUGACGCAGCCAUAGAUGUGCAUGAACAGCUAGAAGUUCCGAACGAACUGCAGCAAAACGAGGGCUAUGAUGACUAUGAAGCUCAAACUGCGCCAGAGCCGCAUAUCACUGAACAUGGGACAGAAGGCGCUGGGACCUACGAAUCAGCAGAGAACAAGUCGGACGAUCUCUUUGAUUUCGACAACGAAGUAGAGGCCUCGACGGCGGAUGCUCCAAAAGCGGGCCAUGUCGCAACCGGUGCUGAACUCACCGGACCCACUGAGAAUGAUGUUGGUGCCGCCGGACAGCAAGUUGAGCGCCGGUCGGAGAGCAAGACAGCCUUGGAAUCCCACAAAGACGUAAUCGACGAUGACGAUCUGAUUGAUUAUUCUGAUGACGAAGUGGACACCAAUCCGACUCCCAAUGUGGGAAAUUCCGGGUCAGGCCCUUCGUCGGCUUCCUCAACUGUUCAAGGCGACGCCACUCAGACACCCAAGGGUCAGGUAACUCCAGCAGCUGGAAGCCAGCCAAACCAUCCUGAAGAUGCCUACGAUGAAUUGGAUGACCUUGAUGACGACUUUGGUCCACCAGAUGCAGCUGCCACUACCUUGAAUGGCGUCCAAAGCAAAGCGGUAGGCACUUCCCAGUCUUCGGUACAAGAGCAGCAGCAGACACAUGAGGACGAUUACGACUUGGACUUUGAGCUCGAGAAAGAACUGGAACAAGCUUUGGAGACCAAUGGCAAGCACGGGGUAGAACAAGAUCUUGAAGUCGAACCUGGACAACUCGAUGGCGUUCAUGAUGCUCAUCACGCCGAUCCUGUCGACCACGAAUCUGGGUUUGACUUCGGUGAAGGCUUCGAUGAGAACUACGCCCCAGAUUUCGACGAAGGCCACUACGAUCUUCAGGAUGAGGCUUAUCAAGGCCAGGAACAGGGCUUCUCAGGCCAGGAGUCGUAUGAGACACAUGGUGAACACACCGACAACGGUGGCGACGGUGCUGGCUUCGAUGAAACCAACUAUGGCGGUGACGAGCUUGGAGACCACCUGGACUUCGAUGGCGAGACUUUGGCGAACCCCGACGUCGGCUACGCGGACAACUCGAAAGUGGACGGCAACCAUGCGAACACUAGCAAAGUGAAGGCUGUCAAGGGGGACCCUGGCUACGAUUCGGACUCAAUUGACUACGAUGACGACGAGGACGAGUCACCUCCAGCGGCAACCACCAUCGUUUCGGGGACUCUGGCUCACCAACCCAGCACAUCGCCUCCAGCGAAACGCUCCCGCGAUGAUGAAGAGGACGAUGAGCAAGAUCUUCAUAAGAAGACGCGGUUGGGUUGAGUUUGCUAUCAGAUGCGAUCACGACGCAUACUUCACUCGACAGAACAUGUCUUGGCACGUUGUCGUCCUGGGCAAUGGCCC